AUGUCGCCGGGUGCUCGCAACGUCUCCAAGAGGCUCAAAUUUGCGGCAGCCAGCGCUUGUGCUGUGCUCGCAUCCACCGCCACCACCAGCGCAUCGGCAUGGGAAGUGCCUCCCAUCGAUUUUGAUGGCUUGGGUCAGCUUGGCGUCGCUGGUAGCUUUUCCGGCAUCCAAUUGUGGAAUCAGUCGACGUCCACGCUCACACAGCAAGGCGCAUUCAACGUCAGCGAAGGGUCGCUGAUCGCGCUGGCUGCCGAUGGGAACCUCACCAAGAUUGCAUCGACGAAUCAAGGCGGCAGCAUCCGGGCAGUCUGCCAGAGGACAGCGGAGCCGUUCACUGUGUUCGUCGGUGGUAACUUUAGCGACAUCAAUGGCACGCGCGUCGGCAACGUAGCCAGCUUCGACCCUGCGACGCAACGAUGGGAUGCGCUUGCUGGUGGUAUCGACGGGCUGGUGAACACGCUAUACUGCGACGAACAACACGGCACCGUCAUUGCAGGUGGUGCAUUCCUGGGCCCCUUUCGUCCUCGUCCCGACCAGGCUGCUCGCUUCCUCGGAGGAGUGGCCAGUUGGUCAUACACUGGGGAUGUUUGGUCCCCAGUCAGCUUUGGUGGUGUCAAUGGAACCGUAGAGACCAUCGCGCUCGGGUCCAACGUCUCGAGCAUCCGCGUUGUGGGCAACUUUACCACCGAGUACAGCUCCCGAUCCAGUCCCAACGCCAGCUUGUCAGGCACCAACACCUCCGCUUCUAGUCUUACACAGGCCCUCUCACCUCUGCCUCUCGGUCAGAGCGAGUUUUCGGGUGGCCCCUCUUCUGCUGUCGCUGCAUACGCCAACCCAGCUCAGCUCCUGUGUCCACGCGGUGAGGAUGGACCCAACAAUUCGUACCACUUUGCAGACAAUGCCGUGGGUCGCUUGACGCUGCGAGCGUUCCGCAGCCUGCAGACGCGCGCCAUCCGCAUCGGCAACACCUUUGUCGACGGAAGAGGCACCCGCACGUUCGGCAUCGUCUCCAUACCCGACAAUACCGACCUCACCCUCAUCUACCUUGACCCGCUCACCCAGCAGAACGUCACUUGUCGAGGUAACUGCUCCCUUUUCCACGACGCAGCAGUCGCACCUUACCAGGACUUUUUGAUCGCAGAUGUGCCCGAGAACGGUGCUGUCAAUGGUACCAAGCUGCUCACUGGCAUCCAAUUCACCGCAACGGAGUGGUACGGACCGGGUGCUGGUCUGCACAGCUUGUCGCUCCUCAGUCAAGGCUCGUUUGCAUAUGCUUUCAACGGGUACAACCGCGGCGGCUGCAGCUCGACUCAGCCCGGCGUCAACGGCACCAGGUCGAGCAGCACUUCAGAGGGAGGCUGGUAUCGCACGCACGUUCCAGAAGUCGGCGUUCCAGGAGUCGUGUCACCAGUGCUGGCCAUCACCGACCGGACCGCGAACUUGCCCCAAAACGCAGGCUCGAGCGUCACCUGGAACGUCGAUGCGCACUAUAACGGAAACUACAGCGUCUUUUUGAGCGUGCCUGGUUGCACUGCCACCAACUCUUGCGACACGCGUACCGAUGUCCAAGUGACCGUGUUCGGAAACAACACUGCGGGCGAUGGAGUGAGCACAUUUGUCAGCCAGAACGUGCCUGAGGACACGCAAAUCCUCGUCUAUGAUGGCGAGAUCAUGAAGAGCGCAGGCGGCUUUGUCCCUACCGUGCGGCUCUCCAUUCCGGGCAACGCCACGCGACCAGUCAGCGACACCUUCAACGUCAUUGCCGAUCGCGUGACCCUUAAUCUGCGAUCGUCGAACGAGACUCAUCCCAUGUUCGAAGCGAGAGGAUUCGGCAUGCUCGAGUACAAUGUUUUCGACACGCGCGAUGUGCCACAAUUCAACGCUACGCAGAUGCAGACAAACCUCACUUUCAACGCCUUUAGCAACUUUGGAUCGGUCCUGCGCUCCAACGGUGUCGCCGCCAACGACACGAUGGGUCAAAUGAUUGUUACUAGCAGCGUCACCAACCGCGGCUCUACAUUUGUAGGCGGCAACUUCACCUCUCUCAAUGCUAGCGCCACGGUCGGAUUUGCCAACAUCGUGUCUUACACCAACACAUCUGGAGGAUCCAACUUCACACGUCUAUCUGGUGGAGGUGUCAAUGGGCGAGUGUCGAGUCUCAGUGUCGUCAAGGAUCACCUGUUCAUUGGUGGAAACUACACGUCCACCUUUGACAACAUUACUCAGCUGCCGUACGUCGCCGAAUACGAUGUCAUCGGCAGCAAGUGGAUCCCUCUGGCUGGCGGACCCGAUGGACCGGUGGAAACUCUGACUCCGCUGCGAGAAACGUUCUUGCUGGUUACGGGAAGCUUUGAGUCGCUCAACAAGGGUGCAGUCCCGGCGGGCGGAUAUGCGAUCUGGGAUGUCAUUGCCAAGAAGUGGGUGCCACAAGAGCCGUUUCUCGUUGGUAAUGUUCUGGCCGCUAGCACACCGAGCAACGCCUCUGGCGUGGCGUACCUGGCAGGUGCCAUUGGCGGCAUCAGCAAAGAUUCGGCGUCAGGAGCUGUGCGCAUCAUUCCUCCAAACGAUGAUGAUCAGUUACCAACCAUCGACACGCUCAACUUCCGAUUCGAGAGCACCAGAGCGACGUCCAACAUGCUGCCUGUUCCUGCAGCGCCUGCUGCAAGCUCUUCGGCGUUGGCAUCAGCCCCUUCGAGUUCUGGGGCUGCUCCUCUCUCCAGCUCAGGCGCUGCACCCACAACCUCCGGAACUGCAGCACCAGCAGGUGCGCCGACAUUUGCCAGCGAUCUCGUCUUUAGCAAGCGCACCGACGAUGCUCCUCAACCACGGUCCACCGGCGGUCACCAUCACCACCACCGUCAUCACGGCAACAGCUUAGAAGAGCGCAGCGGGACGUCGGUAUCGCGGUGGCUCUCUUGGAAUGCUCGGAGCAAUCAGCAAGGCGGCCCGCUCGUCUCUCUCUCGCGUCGAGCGUCUGCAAUGGAACCGGCCAUUCUUGCAAGCAACGGGGAAGACGAGAUCAUCUCAUCGGCAUUCUGGAAGCGAGGCAACAACGACUUCGUCUAUGUGCUCGGAGGCAAUUUCACCACCGAUGCCGGCAUCAAGAAUUUGGCGUACUACGACGAGAAGACGAAUUUGCUGAAGCCCUUCCCGGCUCUGCCUCGUUCUUCGAACCUAACCGUCGUUCGCGCCGUCGCGGUGGACGGGGACACGCUGUAUGCUGGAGGCGAUGGUGGAUUGGCCAUCUUUGACUUCAAGGCCAACACAUGGUCCAGCAAUCUGGCGGCCCUGCAAGCGACUUCGCGAAACGUUCUCAGCGUGCAGGCAAUCUACCACCGACCCGAGUCUAGCACCAUGAUUAUUGCGGGAACUUUUGACGAAGCUGGCAGCUUGCCUUGCAAGAACGUCUGUGCUUGGGACACGGGCUCCCGCAGAUGGAGUCAAUUGGGUGCAGGCAUUGAUGGACAGAUCUCGGCGAUCGACUAUGCAGGAAACCACGCGUCCUUGUUGCUUGUGGCGGGAUCGAUGACGGUGAAUGGCGCCGAGGCAUCGCUGGCCCAAUGGGACUUUGAGGCGAUGACAUGGACUGCCCUUGGCAGCGUGGGAGUCGCCGGCGGCGAGAUUCCUGGUCCUGCAACUGCGCUCAGUGUGGACGACUAUAAUCCCAGAUCCAUCUUUGUCGCCGGUCGCACCACUGAUGGCAGGCGCCCGUAUCUCGCCAAGUGGAACGGUCAAUCGUACGAUUCGCUUGCGCCAGGCGAGCUGCUUCCGGACUCUGGAAUUGCUCAGCUCUCCUUUGUUGGUAUUACGCGCGCGCACCCAGACAAUCCCGUGCUCGAAAACAACCGCAUGCUCGUCGUCUCUGGCGCGCUCCUCAUGCGCGACUUUGGAAACGUCUCGACUGCGCUAUUCGAUGGACAGCUUUGGACGCCUUACCUGCAAGCCACCUCGCCAUCCGGCGGAUUGGGAGUGGUGCGAGCUUUCACUCGCAGCAACGAGAUACUCAGCUUCCCCAACUUGCACCACCUUGCCGUCGGCAUUGUUAUCCUCAUCUCGAUCGCCAUUGGUCUGGGCAUCGUCUUCCUCCUUGUCCUCAUUGGUUUGAUUUGGGCGCUGAGCCGGAGACAUCCCAAUCGUGGGGUGGAUGUGCCGAUCUCUCCAUCAGACGAUACGCUCGCCAUGGCAGGAGGUGCGGGUGCAGGAGAGAAGCGUGCCCCCAGCGAAUUGUUGGCCACGCUCAAUGCUGCUACGGAAGGUGCGAUCGAGCAGCGUGGCGCAGAUUCCGCCGGCUACGCUGCUGCUGGAGCCGGCGCCGCUGGCGCGGGAGCGGCGAUGGCAGCGUCCACAUCGCACGGACAUAGUCGACAAGAGUCGUCUGCUGCGCACGGGGGAACGUUGGAAAACAGCGACGAAACUGCUGGAGCGGCUAGCACUGCUUACCACUCCGAACGGACUGGCCAGUCGGCCUAUUGGAGCGGCGAAGAAGGCAACCCGGCUGCGGAAGCUGCUGCUGGUGGUGCGGUGGGGGCGGGUGCGGCUGCGACAGGCAUCGCGUAUGGAGGAUUGGACGAAGGGGCAGGGCCUGGAGAAGGCUUGGAAGCUCACGCGAGAUACUCGUUCGAAGCGACACAUCCCUCGGAGCUUGCUGUGCAUGCUGGUCAGACUAUUUGGAUCUUGGACGAUCAGGACGAACAUUGGUGGUUGGCAAAGGACGGACAGGGCAACAGCGGGGUGUUGCCCGCUACCUACGUCCUCUAG